CAUUUAAUUGCGCAUGCGCAAAUUGACCCACGUGGGAAAUGGACACCACACCGAUUGAGUUCUCCCCAAAAGGCGAAUUUGCUGUGCAUUCAAGUCAUGACGGUGUUAUAAAAGUUUGGGAAAUAGCAACUAACAGUUUGAAGAAUGAAUAUAAACCUAGUUCACAUCUUUCCGCUACUUGCACGUGCCUGUCAUGGUGUCCAAGAUCAAGAGAGAACAAGCAAAAGAAGAAAAGGCAGAGAGUUUCAAAAACUCAUCUCACUAGUGCUAUACAGGAACUUGAGUUGGUUGCUAUAGGAACAGCCUCUGGUUCUAUUCUGUUAUAUAGUGUGAUAAAAGGAGAUCUACAUAGUCAAUUGGUAGAGGGUCAUUCUGACAGAGUAAACAAUGUUGUUUGGUACCCAGAAUCUGAUGCUUUAUAUAGUUGUUCCAGUGAUCAACAUAUAAUAGAAUGGGAAAUCACAUCUUUAAAAAUUAAACACAAAUGGAAAGGUGAUAAAGGACCAGUGUAUAGUUUAUGUAAAUGUUCUAAUGAACAUCUAUUGUCUGCUGGUAGAUCUAUCAAAUUGUGGGAUCUUAAAACUAAACAAGAAUUAAAAAGGUUUACUGGUCAUGCUACAGAAGUGUUCAAGUUAUUACAUGUUCCUACAAGUCCAGAUUCAUUAGAAAAUUCUUACUUUCUAUCUGCUGCAGCAAAUGAUAGAUUAGUGAAUGCAUGGCAGAUUAACACAUCAUCUACUGAUAAAAAUGCAUUGGCAGCUUUUUCAAUGCCUGAUGAACCUGUAGACAUGAUGAUCUCCUCACAUUCUAAGCCUCUUGUUCUGGUAGUAGUUACUGAAUGUGGAAAAGCCUUACUGUAUGAGCAUAAGUUAAAUGGGAAGUUGAAGCAGCCUUUAAAGCCGAAAGUGACCAUACAGAUAGCUAGUGAAGUGAAUAAAACAUCUAUACCAAAACCUAUACAAAUACUUGCAGCAUAUGUGUGUGAUGAAUCCAAACAUAAACUUUUACUGGUGCAUGGAAAUAAUUUAAAACCUACGUUUGAAAAAGUUACUUGUUCUAUGUCAGAACCAGAUAUGUGUUUAAUACGAGAAGAUUCAAUGUCAGUCAGAGCUAGGAAGGAGUCCAAUGUAACUAAGGUUAAGACACCUGAGGUAUCUAAGGAUCUGACUGUAUUAGUGCCAGGACAGAUGACCCCUAUCCCUCCUACACAAGAACAGACUGGAAACAGACGGAAGAGGAAAGCAUCUGUGGGAGAGAUGACAUUAGAACAGAGAUUGAAUGCUGUUAGUUUAGAGAAACCGAAGUCUAGAGAUGGUAAACAUCCACCUAGAGCAGAUACCCUAGUCACUUUGCUAGUGCAGGGACUUCAAAGUCAAGACAGAAAACUUUUAAAUCAAGUUUUACAGAAAACUGAUGUCAAGUUAAUACAGAAUACUGUACGUAAAUUACCGGUACAGAUGGUGAUACCUCUUGUACAGGAACUCACUAAACGAAUGCAUGGACAUGCUCAGUCGGGUAUAUCACAGGUUGUAUGGAUACAAACAGUGUUAGCUGUACAUACUUCAUAUCUAAUGACAUUUCCAGAAAUUGUGGAGACAUUUAGUGGACUGUAUCAGAUGAUGGACUCUCGUGUCACUAUGCUGGGAAAAUUGUCAAGAUUAAAGGGAAAACUAGAUAUAAUGCUAUCACAGAUAAGUGCUCAAACACAAGCCCAGGGUGAGGAACCAGGAGCUUCCCAACCUGCCCUCCUACAGUUUGAAGAAGAUUCAUCAGAUGAAGAUUUAGAGGAUAUUGCUAUAGGACCACCAGUUUCUGACUCGGAGGAGAACUGGGAGGAUUUUUCUGACGAGGAGUCGGACAUGGACAUGCAGGAUGAAAUAAAUGGCAAGGGAUGACACAGUAAUUAACGAGGCGGCCAUUUUGAAUAAUACAUGAUGGCAGUCUUUAGAAUCAUUGUUAGAUAUAAAACAUACAAUUGUUAUUUUCUAACAAAAGAAAACCCCUCCCGCAAGGUACAAUCUGCUGGAAUAUAAGUGCUAACACACACAUGGCUCUCACCUAGAAAGGUUGUAUUGAGAUCUUGGAUGAUCAGUAAGAUGUAUUCAGCUAAUGUAAGGAAUGUUCAUGGUUUCAAGGUGUGCUCUCCUGCCUCUGAGAUGUUUCUUUCCUCGUAAUGCUGGUAUAUCACAAUAGUAACCAUAAAACAGUGUAUAUGUGACAUAAAAUCCAACAUAACAUAGUGGAAAGUCAGGUUCAAUGGUUUGUGAUGAAGUUUUGGAGAAACAAUGUGUUCUGUUUAUGAAUGGGCAUUGGAAAUAGUUAAGACAUUCACUGGCUGUAACACAUGCUUUGUGAGAUAAUUUGCAGCUUAUACAUGUGUGGCAUUAAAUAAAGCCAGUUCAGUUUUCUUACAUUGGGAAUAUAUAAAACUAUGCAUUUGCUACUGUGAAUGUAUGACGUUGGGUCAAUGUGUUCUAUAGUGUUAGGUUAUCAGAUUGCCAUAGGCGACUUUUUACUGCCCUUUAAUGCUUUUUAAAUGAGAACUGUUCAGAUGAAUGCAGAGAUAUCUUAUAAUUACAACGUAUCAUAGAAAAUGUCCAUACAUUUUGUAGACUUUAAGGUAUAUGUAAAAACUUUUAGAAAGUUUUUAGUUUUGUAUGAAUUUAAAACUUUUACCUUCUUCAUUUAUUAUUGAACCAAAUUUUGUUAUUUAUUAUCCAAAUGCAUUUUGUUGUAAAUGUGCAAUAAAACGUUAAGUGAUUAAAAAAAACCUAAGGCUGAUUGUAAUUGACUGUAGACAAAUACCCUGUAAAAUUUAGUUGUUUGUUGCAUCAAUUUUCCUGUGAAAUGACUGACUGGUCCAUGCUGCUAUUUUAGCAGAUGUUAAUAGAUUUUGAUAGUGAUAUUUUUCAGUCGUAGUAUUACCAAAAUGCACUUUAUUUACCUAUAAUGUUACACAUUACUCUUGAGUUACAUUGAAAGUGACAUGGUAAAACUACUUCCAGUCUGUAUUUGAUUGAUAGGCAGUUUGAAUGGGAAUAUCCAUCCCGAGUAAUCUCCCAAGGGCGCAUUCCCAAAGGACGGAUAUUCUGAUUCGAACCACAAACCUGUCAGAUAUUAAAACAGCAAAAUUAUGUCAUCCUAAGCAUGCCAUUGUAUAGCACGCAACUCGUCUGAUACCCCUAUGCCAGAUGAAUUUUCCGUCAUGGGUAAAUCUAACAGAAAACAGUUUGAUAUGCAAGAAGAUAGGUUUCUAAUCUGUUAAUAUUUGGGUAAUCUGCUGUUUGACCAGGUUCUACUGUUUUCUACAUUAUUUCUCUAUAUUGAUAUGCCUUUAACAAAAAGCAGUUAAUAUGUAUAGCUGGAUAAGCCUUUUUGGGUAUUAGGAUAAAAAUGAUGAUAAAUAGUUGUUUGAAUACAGUUUAACUGUAAUAAAAAAAUUUUAUUAUUGCAUGAAUACUUACUAUGUGCAGUGUAAAAGUAUUCAUGAAGACAUACAUUCAUUGUUUGGUUAUGAAUUUCAUCAACAUUUUACAAUCGUGUGCAGACAUUGUUAUUAUAUAUUUGUAUAUAUGUACAGGUGUUAAUUUACUGAUACUUUAAAAUGUAUAUGUCAGUAAUAAAUCGUAAAUAAAACCAUUGCCAAACUAGAAA